AUGACCACUAGUAGUAAAACAUUUUGGCCUUUAGUAGCAGCUGUUGGUCUUGGUGUUAGUUUUGUUGGUUACUGUAUGUAUUUUGAUCGAAAACGACGAAAUGCACCUGAUUUUAUUGAAAAAUUAAAAGCUAAACGACAAAAACAAAAAUUAAGUUCUGGAAAUUCACGUAAUAAUAUUAAUAUGAGUAAUCCUGAAUCAAUGCGUCAAUAUUUUCUUGAACAAAUUCAAUAUGGUGAAGAUUGUUUAUCUCGUGGUGAUUUUGAUAAUGGUAUUGAACACCUAGCAAAAGCUAUUCUUGUCUGUAGUCAACCUCAAAAUUUAAUAGUCUUCUUUCAACAAACACUACCAUCUGAAAUAUUUCAAGAACUAAUCAACCGUUUACCAAGAAUUGCCCAAUCCGUCCAUAAUCCGUCUUCAUUAUCUGCAGGUGUGCCUGAAUUAGAUCUUGAAUAG